AUGACUCCGUCCUCGUCGGCGCCGCUAGUGGGAAUUCCCACGGCCGGCAAUUUUGCUUCCUUCCCUGGCCAUUUCCCGCCCCAGGGUUCAUCCGAUCUGUUGUCUCGAGGUGCCGACUCAGUGGGUCAGUUAAAAGACCCUUAUCUGUCGCUGCAGACCUUGCAGAGAAAUAUGAAUCCCAUGGCUAGUUUUCGCGGACACCCCGCGGCGGCCAUGAACGCUCAGGCAGCCAUGUCACCGCACGCGCAUGCCAUGGGCUUGUCGUCGCCGCAGCAGUCAAUAGACCGCAUGCAACAUACGCAGUAUCAACACCGACAGACGACGCAUACCCAUCCGGCGCAAACCCCCACGACGGCAUCGCCCAUGUUGGCCGCGGCUCAGCCCCAGCAGCAGCAUCAGUACCAACAGCAACAGCCGCAGUAUCAAUCGGCACAGCAGCAGGCGCAAUAUCAAGCAACGCAGCAGGCUCAAUAUCAACCGCAGCAGCAAGCACAGUACCAGCAAGCCCAGCAGUCUCCCUACCAACAGGCUCAGGCUCAGCCUCAGUAUCAAGCACAAGCGCAACAGUCGCCUUACCAGCAGCAAGUGCAGCAAACUUUCCAGCAACAGCAAGCUCAACAGGCACAACAGGUCCAGCAACAAGCGCAGCAGCAAGCACAGCAGUCCUAUCAGCAGCAUGCUCGGUACCAAUCGCAGCAGGCCCAGCGCUCGCCGUAUCAAUCACAAGCCCAGCAGCACCCGUUCCAACAAGCUUAUCAGCAGCGCCAAUAUCAGCCGCAGCAACAAGCACAGUACGCGCAACAAGCGCAACAACACCAGCAACGGCCACCGCAGUCGACAACGCCGUCAACCAUGGGGGGAAGUGCAGAGCUCGCAGUCCAAGAGCCAGAAGCGGAAGAGACUAAAACUAAGCGACGUCCGAAGCAAACUAAGGCGACUGUAUCUCCUGCGAUAUCAACUAAACAAGUGAAUGGUCAACCGCCAGCUGUAUACGCCACAGAUGCUCAGACUCAGGCUCAUGCCCAGGCCCAGGCCCAAGCGCAGGCCAAGGCUCAAGCGCAAGCGCAAGCUCAGGCUCAGGCUCAAGCUCAGGCACAGGCCCAGGCUCAGGCACAGGCACAGGCGCAAGCACAGGCACAGGCGCAAGCUCAGGCACAAGCCCAGGCCCAGGCCCAGCAGCAACAGCAGCAACAGCAACAGCAACAGCAGGCCCAGCAAAUCCCGGGACAACCUCAAGCUCCAGCACAAGACAAACCCGUGUCGGCAGACAAUACCGGGACUCCUAAAAAACGAGGUCGUCCCCGCAAAUCCUUAGUCCCAGGAGAAGAAGGCAAGACGCCGAAGCCUAGAAAGACUCCAUCCAAAGCAGUGGCAGCUGCCGCCGCUGCACAAGGCAACAAUGCUACUCCGACCUCGGCUGCUAAAGCCCCAGCUACAGCAGCGGCCGUAGCUCCAGGCGUACAAGGACAAGUUCAAGCUCCCCCACCCGCCGCGCCUGGCACCGUCCUUAGUGCAGACGGUACCAUAGUGCCCCAGAAGAGACGCCGUGGCCGUCCGCGCAAGUCCGAGAUUGACCCCAAUGCUCCGCCAAAGCCCAAGCCUCCCCGCAAACCAGCCUCAUCGAAACCAUCCGGUACAGGACGUCCUCGUGGCCGUCCUCGUAAGGCUGAUGUCGCUGCUCGACAGGCGGCAGCCGAAGCUGAAGCCAGGGUCCACCCCAACCUCAAGCACAGCCCCAGCAAGCCCAGGGCCACGUUCAACAUCAUCAACACCAACACCAGCCCCAACACCAGCCCCAGCCCCAGCCCCAGCCCCAGCCUCAACCAAAGGCUCAACCUCAUUUGCAGGCUCAACCACAAAUGCAGGUGCAACCACAGAUACCAUCCCAAAAUCAGAUGCAAGCUCAGCCUCCGAUCCAAGCCCAAUCAACUAUGCAAGUUCAGCCCCAGUUGCAGGCCCACCAUCACCAGCUCCAGAUGGCCCAUCAGCACCACCCGCAACACCAUCCGCAUCCACAGCAGCAUCAACACCAUCCCCUUUCACAUGCGCAUCAGCACCAGCAUCCUCAAGCUCAGCACGCGCAUCAUGUGCAACACGUGCACCAGCAUCCGCAUGCACAAGCGGAUCCAAUGGCCCUAA